AUGUUUCCAUGUUUAAAGAAUUGCAUAUGUCUUUAUUUAUACGUUUCUCGUCUUAAUCUUUCAUUUUUAUUCACCUUUGUUCUUGUAUUUCUUUACUGCAUUUAUUUAUUUUCUAAUCUGCGUUCUCGUCCAUUGUUUUUCUUUUACAUUUGGUUUUAUUUUUCAUUGUCAUGCAUUUCGUUCCUUCUUUCUUUCUUUCAUUCUUUCUUUCCUUCUUUACUUCUCUCCUUCUUUCCUUCUUUCUUUCAUUCUUUCUCUUUCUUUCUUUCCUUCUCACAUUUUUUCUUUUUCUUUUUUCUUUCUUUUUUCUUUCUUUCCUUCUUUCCAUCUUUCUUUCUUUUUCCUUUUUCAUUCUUUCUUUCCUACCUUCUUUCUUUCUUUCUUUAUUUAUUUUCUUUCUUUUUUCUUUAUUUCCUUCUCUCCAUCUUUCUUUCUUUCUUUCAUUUGUCUUUCAUUCUUUCUUACAUUCUUCUUUCUGUCUUCCUUUCUUUCUUGCUUCCCUAUUAUUUAAUAUAUUUAUUCUCCAAUUAUUAUUUCUUUUAUUUCUCACUCAUUCUUUUUUUCCUAACUUUCUAUUUUUAUUUCUUACUUCACUAUAUAUCCAUCAACUACUUUUUCUUUUUUUUAUUUUCUUUCUUUCUUAUUUCUAUUUCUUCUUCUCAUUCCUUCUUUUCUUUUUCUUCAUCGUCUUUAUUGUUUAUUUAUUUGUUAACAACUAAAGCGAUUUGCCGUUGUUUCUUUUUCUUCUUCCUCCUCCUACUUCGUUUAUUUCUUCAUUCUCAUUUUCUCUUUCUUCUCAUUAAUUCAUUCAUUCUUCUUUCUUUCCUUCAUAUUUUUAUUUCUUACUUCUCUAGAUAUCUCCCCGCUAUUCUUUCUUUCUUUCUUUCUUUCUUUCUUUCUUUCUUUCUUUCUUAUUUUUAUUUCUUUGUUCCCCUUGUCUGUUUUCAUUCUCGUACAUUCUUUAUUUCUUUCCUAUUUUUUAUUUCUUCAUUAUAUAACUCUCAAAUAUUUUUUUUCUUUCUUUAUUAUCUUUUUUUCUUUUUUCUUUCUAUCUUUUUCGUAUUUUUUCUUUAUUCUUCUUCCCGGUCUCUUUCUCAUUCACAUUCAUUCUUUCUUUUUCGUCAUAUCUUAUUUUUUUCACAUUUAUCUAUUUACUCACUAAUAAGGCGAUCUGCCGCAGUUGUUUUUUCUUUCUCCUUUUUUUAUUUUCAUUCCUUCACCUCCACCCAUGCCAUAGUUGAUCCUUCUUUUCUUCCCCCUCCCACUCUCUCUCUCUCUCUCCCGCGCCGUUAUGGUGAUUUGUUGUUUGUCUUCUUCAUUUUCUUCUUCUUCCUCUUUCUUCUUCUUAUCUUUCUUUCUUUUCUUCUUUCCUUAUAUCAAUUAACGUCCAUUCAUUUUGAUCUAUGA